AUGGCAACAGCGCGGGUGGCCCAGGCCCUGCGCGUGACCCCACUGCUGCAUGGCCCGCGAGGCCCUAGGGAAGCCAGGAGGCUGAGCUGCAGCGCGAGGCGGCGGACCGCGGGGGGUGCCAGCCCCGGACGUCGGCUCAGCACCGCCAGGGCGGCCGCUGAGCCCCCGCGUGAGGAGGCCGAGGGUGCCGAGGACGCAGCGCCUGCGCCCGGGGCCGGGGAGCCGUCGUGGAGCCCGCCCCCGGCGCCCCUCGAGCCCCCGGAGCUCCCCGAGCACCCCGCCGGCCGCUCGCUGGUGCAGCGGGACAUCCAGGCCUUCCUGAGCCAGUGCGGGGCCAGCCCCGGGGAGGCGAGCCACUGGCUCACAAAGUUCCAGACCUGCCACCACUCCUCGGACAAGCCCUUCGCUGUCAUCGAGGUGGACGAGGAGGUGGUCCAGUGCCGGGAAGCGGUGUCCAGCCUGGCCUUCGCCCUGGCCUUCCUGCAGCGCAUGGACAUGAAGCCGCUGGUAGUCCUGGGGCUGCCCGCCCCCACGGCGCCUUCGGGCUGUCUCUCCUUCUGGGAGGCCAAGGCACAGCUCGCACAGAGUUGCAAGGUGCUGGUGGACGCGCUCCGGCACAACGCCGCCACCGCAGUGCCCUUCUUUGGCGGCGGGUCAGUGCUGAGCGCCGCCGAACCAGCCCCUCAUGCCAGCUACGGCGGCAUCGUCUCGGUGGAGACAGACCUGCUGCAGUGGUGCCUGGAGUCAGGUAGCAUCCCCAUCCUGUGUCCCAUCGGGGAGACGGCCGCGCGCCGCUCCGUGCUCCUUGACUCGCUGGAGGUGACCGCGGCGCUGGCCAAGGCGCUGCAACCCACCAAAAUUAUCUUCCUCAAUACCACAGGCGGCCUGCGCGACUCCAGCCACAAGGUCCUGAGUAAUGUGAACCUGCCUGCCGACCUGGACCUGGUCACCAACGCCGAGUGGGUGAGCACCAAGGAGAGGCAGCAGAUGCGGCUCAUCGUGGACGUGCUCAGCCGCCUGCCCCACCACGCCUCCGCUGUCAUCACUGCCGCCAGCACGCUGCUCACUGAGCUCUUCAGCAACAAGGGAUCUGGGACAUUGUUCAAGAAUGCAGAGCGGACACUGAGAGUGCAGAGCCUGGACAGCCUGGACCAGGGUCGCCUGGUGAACCUGGUCAAUGCCAGCUUUGGCAAGAAGCUCCGAGAUGACUAUUUGGCUUCACUGCGCCCACGGCUGCACUCCAUCUAUUUCUCUGAGGGGUACAAUGCAGCUGCCAUUCUGACUAUGGAGCCAGUGCUGGGAGGCACCCCAUACCUGGACAAGUUUGUGGUGAGCUCCAGUCGCCAGGGCCAGGGCUCAGGACAGAUGCUGUGGGAAUGCAUGCGACGAGACCUACAGACUCUUUUCUGGCGCUCCAGGGUCACCAACCCCAUCAACCCCUGGUACUUCAAGCACAGCGAUGGCAGCUUCUCCAAUAAGCAGUGGAUCUUCUUCUGGUUUGGCCUGGCCGAUAUCCGUGACUCCUAUGAGCUGGUCAACCAUGCCAAAGGGUUGCCGGACUCCUUCAGCAAGCCAGCUUCACACCCUGGCAGCUGA